AUGUCCUACGACGAGGAUCGGCUCUGGAAGUUCCAGUGGCCGCAGUGGGCCAGCAGCGUCUGGGCCCGCAACGCCGGCGUCUAUGCCUCGGGCGCGCUCUACUCGCUCGCCUUUUACGUCAUGCUCGAUGCGGCGGUGUGGUCCAAGAGCCCCAAGAACGGCUCGGACGUGCACGUCUCGUUUGUCGACUGGCUGCCGCUCAUGUGCAGCAGCCUGGGCAUGCUGAUUAUCAACUCGGUGGAAAAGGCGCGGCUGGCGUCGGACAACAUUGGGUACUCGGGCAUCGGCAUGGGCGGCGGCGGCGGCGGCGUGGCGUGGCAGGCGCGCGUGGUGCUGUUCCUGGGGUUUGCCAGCCUGGCGGGCGGCAUGGCGGGCGGCGUGUGCAUCUUUGUGCUCAAGUACAUUGUGCCCAAGGUGGCGAUGCCGAUGCUGGGCAUGGGCAUUGAGAACGUUGUGGCCAACGGCCUGGUUGGUCUGAGCUCCGUCAUUCUUUGGGUCAGCCAGAACAUGGAGGACGAGUACGCCUACAACCUGGCUCUGUAA